AUGGAUAUCGAACGUUAUAGCAGUUUGAAGACAUUAAUACGUGUUACAGCCUAUGUGAUGAGAUUUAUACAAAACUGUAGGUUAGCACGGAGUGAUAGAACAUUGUCGGAAUUGACUGUUAAUGAAAUACAGCAUGCUACAUUGACAUGGAUACAAACGGUUCAGAAAUCAGAAUAUCAUGAAGUGUUUAAUUAUUUCAACAAAUCUGUGACAGUUAAGCCGUCUAUUGUAAGACAAUUCAACUUGUACUUUGAUGAAAAAAAUGCACUUCGUUGCCGCGGGAGAAUUCAACAUGCACCUUUGGAGGAAUCAGCUAAACAUCCAUACUUGUUACCUCCGUUACAUAGACUCACUUCACUCAUUAUUAUGGAUGCUCAUAUCAAUCAUUUACAUGAAGGCGUCAACUCUACCGUAACACACUUGCGACAAGUAUACUGGAUACCUCGAAUUCGUCAACGAGUCAAAGUUGUUCUUAGAAAAUGCGUUAACUGUCGGAAAGUAACAGGGCAUGCUUACCAACAACCUGAUCCACCGCCACUGCCCAAAGAGAGGUUACACGAGGAUAUACCGUUUACUGUUACGGGCGUAGACUUUGCUGGUCCUAUGUAUGUGCGAAAUACAGAUGAUAUAAAAUCAAAGGUAUACUUAUGUUUGUUUACAUGUGCGUCGACGAGAGCUGUUCAUUUAGAACUUGUGAAUAACUUAUCAGAACCUACAUUUAUGUUAGCCUUCAGAAGAUUCGCAAGCAGGAGAUCCUUACCGAAGUUACUAAUAUCUGACAAUGCACUAACUUUUGAAGCAGCCAGUCGAGAAAUCAAACAUCUUACAAACUCAAAUCUAGUGCGCGAAAGUCUAAGCUCUACAGGAACAAAUUGGAAAUUUAUUACAAAGAAAGCUCCGUGGUUUGGUGGUUUCUAUGAACGGUUGAUUGGGUUAACGAAAAUGUGUUUGAAGAAAGUAUUAGGAAGUAACUGUGUCGAUUUAGAGACUUUACAAACUGUGUUAACAGAGAUCGAAGCAACUCUCAAUGAUAGACCUCUAACGUAUGUUUCAUCCGAUCUUACGGAUCCAGAACCACUGACACCAUCACAUCUUUUGUAUGGUCGAAAAAUUACGCGACUUCCGUAUCCAGAUAGUGAAAACAAUGGACAUUUUGAACCAAUUAACUUUAACAAACGUGUUCAAUUACAAAGAGACAUUCUAAACCACUUUCAACAGCGAUGGAAAUAUGAGUAUUUGACCUCAUUACGGGAACAUCACAGAAGUGUAGGAAAUAACGAACAAUCGAUAGCUAUUGGUGAUGUUGUUCAAAUACAUGACGAAACUUUAAGAAAUUCAUGGAAACUCGCCGUUGUCGAAGAACUCGUAAAAGGAGAGGAUAAUCUUAUCAGAACUGUAAAACUUCGCACUAAAAACGGAACCACCAACCGCCCAAUCACGAAAUUAUACCCAAUCGAAGUGAACUGUAUUGAAUCUGAACCGGAGGAUGUUACACGACCCAAGAUGUUCCGUCAGGCGAAGUCAGAUGCUGUACAAAAGAUUCACGAGUGGACAAAAUAA